AUGGAGCAGAAGGAAGCGAAGCCCUCUGAGGACAGGACCUCUGUCUCCCCCACCACAGAGAGCCCCGGGACGCCAGGAGCUGGAGCCCCUGCAGAGGAGACCAAGGGCACAGCUGGGAAGACCAUCAACGAGGAGCCUCCAGACGGGACAGAAAAGCAGGAAAAAGCCCCAGUGGAGGACGGCAUUUCAGCGGAAGCAAACGGGUUAGAUGAGGUCAAGGUGGAAGCCCAAAGGGAGGCUGGAGGGAGAGAGGAUGCUGAGGCUGAACUUACAAGGGAGGAUGGUGCGAGGGAAGAGCCCACAACGGCUUCUCAGAUGACAGACAGGAAAGAAGAGACCAAAUCUGAAGCCAAGGAGGCUGAGGAAAAAGAGGAGAGCGCGCUGGCAUCUGAGAAGCAGAAGGCUGAUGGGAAAGAGGCCAUGCCUGAAUCUGGGGAGAAAGCCAGUGCCAGUGAGAAAGACAGGCCCGAACCCACGGAGGCUGGCAGGGAGGAGGCGGCCAAGGCGGCCUCUCAGGAGGACAAUCGCAAGACAGAGGAGCCCACGGUCAAACCCCAGGAGAAAGCUGCCGACAAAGAGGCCACGGCUGAAUCUCAGGAGGCUGCUGUGAACGACGAGGCUAAGGCCGAACCUCAGGAGGCCGGUGGGGAAGAGGAGGCUGAAAGCGAUGCCAAAGAGGACGUGGUGAGUGGGGCAGAAGAAGGGAAAGAGGACCCCCGUGAAGAGCUCUAACCGCAUUCAUUCCAGGAGCCAGGCAGUCCCAGCGAAGAGCAGGAGCAGGAGCAGGACACGGACAAAGAGCCAGAGGGAGGGGCGGGGGUGACUCCCAGCUCCCCAGAGGAGUGGCCUGAGAGCCCCACGGAGGAGGGCCCUGGCCUCAGCCCAGAUGGGCUGGGUCCAGGCUCCACAGCUUCUGGAGAGACCAGUCCUUCAGCCAGUGAAUCUUCACCCAGUGACGUGCCCCAGAGCCCCCCGGAGCCCCCUCCUGCGGAGAAGAAGAAGGAGAAGGCACCAGAGCGCAGGGUGUCAGCCCCCGCCCGGCCCCGGGGGCUGGGGCCCCGUGCACAGAACCGCAAAGCCAUCGUGGACAAGUUUGGCGGGGCAGCCUCGGGCCCCACGGCCCUGUUCCGGAACACUAAGGCAGCCGGGGCGGCCAUUGGCGGUGUCAAGAACAUGCUCUUGGAGUGGUGCCGGGCCAUGACAAGAAACUACGAGCACGUGGACAUCCAGAACUUCUCCUCCAGCUGGAGCAGCGGCAUGGCCUUCUGUGCCCUCAUCCACAAGUUCUUCCCGGACGCCUUUGACUAUGCUGAGCUGGACCCCACGAAGCGUCGGCACAACUUCACCCUGGCCUUCGCCACAGCAGAGAAACUGGCCGACUGUGCCCAGCUGCUGGAGGUGGAUGACAUGGUGCGGCUGGCAGUGCCCGACUCCAAGUGUGUCUACACCUACAUCCAGGAGCUGUACCGCAGCCUCGUGCAGAAAGGACUGGUGAAGACCAAGAAGAAAUAGGGAGCUGACUGACCCUGUGGGCAGGGUGUCCAGAUCACCAGCCAC